AUGGAGAAGUUCACUAAUGCUACAAUAUCAACUAUAUGUGGUGAGAACGUAUGCGUGAAAGACGAAGGUCUGGCAGUGGAGUGGUGUCACGUGUACUCUGGCGGAUGUGUGUUCAGUGCGACACCUAUGAAGCGGAACCAGGAAUACCGUAUCCGUUUGUUUGACGGAAGUAGCCACAUUGAUGUAGGAUACACACAAAAAGAUCCGUAUACUUGUCAGAACGUAAGAGUAGCUCACUUUGAGAAGCAUUUCAAGGAAGUGGGUAACAUCAGACUACAUAGGAAGGAACUCGUAGUUAUUGUUGCUAUUGAAGAAGAUAGUUUUGUCUGUAGGUCGCCAGAUAACAUAAGAUCAACUAUCAGCCCUGGUGCGGUGUGGAUUUAUGUCAACAUAAAGUUCGGCGAAGCCAAAAUACGUCUUGAAACAGAUAAGUCGCAGAGUCUGAAAUUCCACGACAUUUGUGGGGAAAACAUAUCACGGCAGGGCGCUGAAGACAUUGCAAAAUUAUCGAAGGAAUUUCCAUCUUCUAUUUGUUGCCUUCAAAACAGUUUGUCAGUUGGAGAUGAAAUCAAGUUUGAACUGAAACCAGAUACUUCCGGUCCCAGUUCAGAGCCACCACACUACUAUCAUGUGGCCUUUGGCGUGUGUAGCCUUAGUCCGCUGGAUUUAAGAGUUAAGGCCCCUGAAAUAUUCUCCGUUAGCAACAAUGCAACUUCAGUGAAAUCUCAACAAUCACGUAGCCAUAUUGGUAUAAUAGAGGUCUUCGAGAGGAGAGGAAAGUCAAAAGCGUGCGACGGUGUCUUAACAGUAACAAGAAUUGAUGAAUCUCGUAUUAAGUACAAACACUCAUCAAGUAGCGGAAGUGGCGUAGAAAAGACUAUCAAAUCUCCCGCGUACUUGAUAUUUGAACCGUUUCGUGCUUGUGUUACUAUUGUAGAAGAUAAUAGUAGCUGUGGAUACUCAGCUGUGACUGCUGGAAAGGAUGCCGACGCUGGAAAUUCCAAACCGGAACCGCAGACAGGCAAGACACCGGAAGAGAGUAGCUGGGAUUCCUCCAACGGAGGAAGUUCAAAUAAUAAGCUCAGUUAA